AUGGAGUCACCUACAACUGCCGCUGGUGAUGAACUGGAGAGCUACUUGUCCUUGGGUUUGACAGUAUCCCACUCACAGAAAGAUAAUGCUGAAUUUCCAAAGGUUCUGCUGCUUCUCUCAGCGUAUCUUGACAAGAAGGUUCAGCAGAAUGAAGAGUUACUAGAUUCAAGUAAAAUAAAGGAAUCAACCACUAUCUUUCAUGGUCAGAGGGUGCCUGAACUUAGUAUAAAACUCUAUGCAGAACGCAUUUUCAAGUUUUUCAACAAUGCAUACUACGGGAGAGUUGGAGGAAUUACCACAAGAGAGAUGAAUAUGCUUGAACUGGAUUUGUUGUUCAGUCUGGACUUCAGGCUCAAAGUGGAUAUAGAGACUUUCGGAAGCUACUGCUUGCAGUUGGAGAAGGAAGCACUGGUUCUUGUUUUGGAGAGACCAAUUCAGGUCCAAGCAGCCAACGUGACGAAACACUUGAUUUGUAACAGCAGUGCCGAUGAGACUUGCAAACACGAGCUCGUGCGGAGAAGGUACAGCAGUCAGGCUGUCCAUGGUUGUAGCUGGUAA